AGUAUUCGACGUGAAAUGUCCACCUCCUCAGCCUACAGCUCGUCUUCUAGAUAAACUUGUUGGAGAGUUUCUGGAAGUGACAUGUGUCAACCCAACUUUCAUCAUCAACCAUCCCGAGAUCAUGUCUCCCUUGGCGAAAUGGCAUAGAUCGAACAGUGUUCUGACUGAGAUAUUCGAGCUGUUCAUCAACAAAGAUGAACUUUGCAACGCCUACACCGAGCUGAACGAUCCUGUGGUUCAGCGUCAAAGGUUUGCUGAUCAACUCAAGGAUAGACAGUCGGGAGACGAUGAAGCGAUGGCCUUAGAUGAGACUUUCUGCAAUGCUUUAGAAUACGGAUUGGCUCCAACAGGUGGUUGGGGAUUGGGGAUAGAUAGGCUUGCCAUGCUGUUCACUGACUCACAAAACAUCAAGGAGGUUAUUCUCUUCCCGGCAAUGAGGCCACAAGACGAUCCAGCAUCCGUUAAAGCUUCUUUGCAAGCAGAGAACUAAGGAGACUAGAGCACAGCUUUCAUCUCUUUUGCCAGUCAAAUUGCUAUUAUGGAACAAGCUGUUCUCAGAUCAUUCUUAAUCGC